AUGGAGAAGCAUGUAAUAUUUUUAGAUAGUACAAGUUAUGAAGAUUGGAUUAGUGAAGUUGAUGGCAAUGACCUUCAUGCUAUUGCUCUAUGCUUUCGAUUACUUCGGCAACAAGGUUAUUAUGUCUCCUGUGAUGCUUUUAGGAGGUUCACUGACGAUCAAGGAGAUUUCAAGAAAGAAUUGGUUAACGAAGUGCAUGAAAUGUUGAGUUUAUAUGAGGCAGCACAAUUCAGAGUACAUGGCGAAGAAAUUCUGGAUGAAGCACUGACUUUCACCAUCACUCAACUGAAACUAAUUUUGCCUAAAUUGAGCAACUCUCAACUUGCGCAACAAAUCAGUAACGCACUGAAGUUUUCAAUUAAAGAUGGUGUUGUGAGGGUAGAAACAAGGAAAUGCAUAUCAUUUUACCAAGAAAAUCAUGAAUCAAGCAAUCAAGUGUUACUAAACUUUGCCAAAUUAGACUUUAACAUCGUGCAAAGAUUGCACAAAAAGGAGCUAUCUGAUCUCACAAGAUGAAAAAAGUGUUGAGGGGUUACUUUCAAGAGGCAAAAUGGUAUCAUGGCAAGAAAGUACCAACAAUGGAGCAGUAUAUAAAGAACGGAAUUCUAACAAGUGGUUGCCGAUUUAUUGCAACUAUUUAUUGCUUAGGCAUGGGAAAGGUAGCAACUAAAGAUGCAUUUGAUUGGUUAGCAACUGAACCUCCAAUACUUGAU